AUGACUGCACUGGUAACUUGCCUUUGUAAAAGACCAGACCAAAACAAAACAGGUCUAAACUCGGAUUUGCGCGACAUCGAAAUUGAAAAAGAGUUUGUCACUGAUUUGUGUGGGUUGAAAUCCAAAUCGUUUCUUGGAAAAGUGAUUGCCUUGAGGAUUUUAGUAGGUCUAGCUCGGGCAAUCCGAAGACAGAGAGAGGUAGAGGUCCAUUCGGACCCCGCCGUGGAUGAGAACCAAGAGGGACAUGGACCGGAAGGGAGAGGAAACAGAAGAUUCGCGAGUGAAUAUACUUCGGUAGAGCAAGGCCAAGAUUUUGCCACUUCCACCGAGACCCUGGACCGAGAAGAGAAGUCGGAACUGUCUGACAUCUCUACUGGAAAUGUGGCGACUACAAGAUCAUCCACAGACAACACCACGAUGCUUGGCGUGACGGAGAAACCGGCAACGUCCUCGUCGUUUUCAGAAAGAGUGAAGAACACUUUCGGAAACUUCUUUCCAUUUACUAUGGGAACGGGUACGGGCGAUGAAGCAGAAACACAGGAAGAAGAAGAGGACGAUGACGGGCAAGAUGACUUUGGAUCUCAAGUCAGCCUCAAUAGCUCGACUCAGGAGAAUGACGCAUACACCGAUAGAGAGGCUGGGACCAUGGACCAAUUUGGUGUGGUGAGGAGAAAAAGCAAUACCACUAACGGAUCAGGCCAGUCAGGAGACUUUGUGAACAUGAAGAAUUCGGAAAGAAGUGGAUCAAGAAAAGACGUCGAGGCAGAUAAUCAAGGCCCGAAUAUCGACCAGCACCAAGCUACCUGGGACCGACAGGAGGUAGAGGUCCAUUCGGACCCCGCCGUGGAUGAGAACCAAGAGGGACAUGGACCGGAAGGGAGAGGAAACAGAAGAUUCGCGAGUGAAUAUACUUCGGUAGAGCAAGGCCAAGAUUUUGCCACUUCCACCGAGACCCUGGACCGAGAAGAGAAGUCGGAACUGUCUGACAUCUCUACUGGAAAUGUGGCGACUACAAGAUCAUCCACAGACAACACCACGAUGCUUGGCGUGACGGAGAAACCGGCAACGUCCUCGUCGUUUUCAGAAAGAGUGAAGAACACUUUCGGAAACUUCUUUCCAUUUACUAUGGGAACGGGUACGGGCGAUGAAGCAGAAACACAGGAAGAAGAAGAGGACGAUGACGGGCAAGAUGACUUUGGAUCUCAAGUCAGCCUCAAUAGCUCGACUCAGGAGAAUGACGCAUACACCGAUAGAGAGGCUGGGACCAUGGACCAAUUUGGUGUGAAAUGGCAGUCCACGUCGAGAGAGAAAAUCUGCGGGAAGAGAUCAACCGCAACAGACAAGAAGUUAGUAGAAGCGAAAAACUUGAAGGAGAGAAAGGAUGAACACUUGGCUAAGAACUUGUCGCGAAUGACGAGGAAAGCUGAGCAGAGAGAGUUACGAUUGAGAGACGACAUGGAUAUGUUGAGAACUCAACAAGAGCAGACUCUUGGGACUCUUGACACCAAGAUAGAUGCGAUGAUGGAGUUGCGAACUCAGGCCAUCAUGGAUAGGAACAGUAGUCAUGCGAGUCAAGGAAGAAACAAUCUCAGCGAUUCGGACAUGACGGAAAAUCCAGAGCCCUUAUCAGGGGGCAAUGAUACUCAGGCGGGGCAUUCAAGAGACGCUACAUCAAUGGCCACAGCCUUUGAACAUCUGAACAGCAACUUGGAAGGAACAGCCCUAAACUGUGUGAUGACCAAAAAGCAAUACCAGCGGGACACUGCUGAGAAAAACUCUGAAAUCUUGUUAAAUCGUUUUGGCUCAGGGGAGCAAGAACACCAAGUAAUGAUGCGGUUCGAGAAAUGGAGGCAACGUGAAAAAGAGACGAUAGACAAGUUUCUAGACAAUUUGGAGAUGCUGAGAAGGCGUAGCCAACCAGAUGAGUCGAACAGAAGGAUGAACCUAGCGGUAGCCUCAAAAUUCAUCGAUGGUGUGAAGAAUGAUGAGCUUCGAACAAUUUUAGCCACACAUUACACACCACUCUCAACCAAUGCGUCAACACCAGAGGAGUUGAGACUCAAGUCAAAAGAAUAUCUUUUGCUGAAGCCUCCAUCGAGAUCUGGAUUUUACAAGAGCAAUUAUGGCAAUUUUAACAACGGAACAGCAAACCAACGAAACAACUGUUUGGAAGGUCAUUUUAAAUCGGAUUGUCCACAAUUCUGGGAUGCUGUAGCAGACUUAAAGCAUUCAAGGCAUCAGGAAGCUUUAUCGGGUGUGAAAGCCAGCAAAGCUCGCCUGUUGAGUGAAGCGGAGGCACGCAGAAAAGAAAAACCGCAAGAGCUGGCAACGAUGAAGAUUCAGGCGGUAACGGAAGAAAUACGUGAGCCGGAACCGGUGACCGCAGCAGAUGACUUCAAGAUCGACUAUAGGGCAGCCGCGAGGGAUGCUCUAAAUAGAGUCCAGAAGGAAUUGGUGACGAAAUAG